CAUUUCUCUCUUCAUUGCAUUCUCUCGCAUUUAGCACCCAAAAACCCUAAGCUUUCCAAGCGAGAGAGAGAGAGAGAAACACAGCCACAGCCACAGCCAUGGCAGAAGGACUCGUUCUCCGCGGAACCAUGAGGGCACACACCGACAUGGUGACAGCCAUAGCAACACCCAUCGACAACAGCGACAUCAUCGUCACUGCCUCGCGCGACAAAUCCAUCAUCCUCUGGAACCUCACCAAGGAAGACAAGACCUACGGUGUCCCUCGCCGUAGGCUAACGGGCCACUCCCACUUCGUCGAAGACGUGGUUCUCUCCUCCGACGGCCAGUUCGCUCUCUCCGGCUCCUGGGACGGCGAGCUCCGCCUCUGGGACCUCCAGGCCGGCGUCUCCGCCCGCCGCUUCGUCGGCCACACCAAAGACGUCCUCUCCGUCGCUUUCUCCAUCGACAACCGUCAGAUCGUCUCGGCUUCCCGCGACCGCACGAUCAAGCUCUGGAACACCCUCGGAGAAUGCAAGUUCACCAUCUCCGACCUCGAGGCGCACCAGGACUGGGUCUCGUGCGUUCGUUUCAGCCCCAACACUCUCCAACCCACCAUCGUUUCGGCCUCGUGGGAUAAGACUGUGAAGGUUUGGAACUUGACCAACUGCAAGAUUAAGAACACGUUGGCUGGACACACUGGGUAUGUGAACACCGUCGCGGUUUCGCCAGAUGGGUCGCUCUGUGCCAGUGGUGGGAAAGAUGGGGUGAUCCUGUUGUGGGAUUUGGCUGAGGGGAAGAAGCUGUACUCGCUUGACGCGGGUGCGAUUAUUCAUGCCCUCUGCUUCAGUCCUAAUAGGUACUGGCUUUGCGCUGCCACGGAGCAGAGCAUUAAGAUCUGGGAUUUGGAGAGUAAGAGCAUUGUUGAGGAUUUGAAGGUGGAUCUCAAGACUGAGGCUGAGAAGGCCGAUGACACCACCUCUUCCAAUAGUACAAAGAAGAAGGUUAUCUACUGCACAAGCUUGAACUGGAGUGCAGAUGGAAGCACACUGUUCAGUGGGUAUACCGAUGGUGUUAUCAGAGUGUGGGGCAUUGGUCGCUACCAGUAAAGCUUCAGAAAUUUGAUAUGCAUUUCUAUUUUGAGAGCAAACAAGUUACUUUUGAUAACUGUAGCUGUUUGAAAGAUUAAGGAUUUUCUUGGUUACGCUGGAACUUUUGAUCAUUUUUAUGUUGGACAUGGCUUUGAGGCCAAUGAUGUUUUGUUUCUAGUUUUUAUAUUAGAUUUUAUAUUCGCUUUUCAUAAUAUGGAUAUGAAGUUAGUUUGCCUUC